AUGGCAUCAGAACAUAAGGAUUGUGAUGGAAGAAUUCGAUGUCCUUGUGUGAGAUGUAUAAAUAGUAGGUUUGAAAAAAUAGAUAGGGUUAGAGCACACGUAUUUGAUCGAGGUUUCAUGCAAGGAUAUGAGAAGUGGAUUUAUCACGGCGAGCCUGAGGAUGUUGUCGAUGAUGUAGCAGUUGCCGAUGUUGAAUUAGAGGAUGAAAUGACUACUAUUCUAGAAGAAUUCUUUCCCCCAACAACAGAGGAUGUACAAGGAGAAGAUGAACAACCAACCACAAACCCUCAUUUUGAUGACUUAUUUGAGGAAAUUGAAGCUGAAUUGUAUCCCGGUUGUGAUUGGAUUUUGUCUCUCAACUUUUUAGCAAAGCUAUUGCAUUUAAAAGUUAGAGGAAAAAUUCCUAAUAACAUCUUUGAAGAAUUUUUGAAGCUUUUAAAGUUUGCAUUUCCGAAGGAAAAUAAUAUUCCAGCAACUUACUACGAGGCAAAAAAGAGAUUGAAGAAAUUAGGCUUGGGUUAUGACUCUAUCCAUGUCUAUUUGUAUAAUUGUUGCCUAUUUUAUAAGGAGAAUGCAUCCAAGGAGGCUUGUCCAGUUUGCGGAACUAGUCGUUGGGUUACUUCCGAGAACGGCAAAGCAAAAAAAGUUCCUUGCAAAGUCAUGCGAUACUUUCCGUUGACACCUCGACUUAAAAGAUUAUAUAGUUCGAGGAUUACAGCGAAGAGCAUGAUAUGGCAUCAUACUGGAAAAUCAAAAGAUGAUGGGGUGUUGCGACACCCGGUCGAUGGUUUAGCUUGGAAAGACUUUGAUGUAAAACAUCCCGAGUUUGCAAGGGACCCAAGAAAUGUUCGACUUGGGUUAGCUGCUGAUGGAUUUAAUCCAUUUGGCAACAUGAGUCUUCCAUACAGCAUGUGGCCAGUGGUGUUGGCUAACUAUAAUCUACCACCUUGGUUAUGUAUCAAAGAUAAUUAUUUUUUGCUAUCUACCCUAAUUCCUGGUGCAAAAUCUCCUGGCAAAGACAUGGAUAUAUUUUUAAGACCUUCGGUGGAUGAAUUAAAGGAGUUGUGGAAUAAUGGGGUACCAACGAGAGAUAGUUCGACCAACUCGAUGUUCACCAUGCGUGCUGCACUUUUGUGGACAGUGAAUGAUUUUGCUGCUCGUAGUAGCUUGUCUGGGUGGAGUGGUCAAGGUUAUAAAGCUUGCCCUACUUGUAAUGAAGACACGAGGUCCAUUCGAGUGAUCGGGAAGACAUCAUAUGUUGGUCAUAGAAGGUUCUUGCCAAGUAACCAUGCAAUGAGAAGGGAUACUCGAUUUGAUGGUAAAGUUGAAAGAAGACCUCCUCCAAGACGAUUUACUUGUGAAGAGAUAUUAUCACAAGUUAAUAAUCUCGAACCCCAAAUUCACGGACAUCAUGAAAAUUUUGGGGGCGUGAAACGUAGAAGAGUUGCAGAAACUUGUAAUUGGAGGAAAAAAAGUAUUUUCUACGAGUUGGAGUAUUGGAGCACGAAUAUUUUAAAACACAACAUUGAUGUCAUGCAUGUUGAGAAGAAUGUGUGUGAUAGUCUCCUAGGAACCAUCUUGGAUAAUGAUAAAUCAAAGGACACAACCAAUGCGCGACAUGAUUUAAAGAAGAUGGGUAUUAGGGAAUCGUUGUGGAUUUAUGAAGAUGGGAAUGGCAGGCUAAUGAAACCGCAUGCUCCUUAUGUUUUGACUCAUGAGUCUAACAUUAUUGUGUUAAAAUCCCACGAUUGUCAUGUCAUUAUGCAGCGAGUACUAGCGGUUGGUGUCCGUAAAUUUCUACCUCGUGAAACUGCAACAACUAUUACUCAGCUGUCUUUUUUUGACAUAAUGAUACAUUUGGUAUUGCAUUUGCCUGAAGAAGCGAUAUUGGGUGGCCCGUUCUUUAUGAGAUGGAUGUAUCCUAUUGAAAGGUACAUGAAUAAAUUGAAGACUUAUGUAGGAAACAAGGCACGUCCUGAAGGGUCAAUUGCAGAAGGUUAUGUUGCUGAUGAGGCAGUAACCUUUUGUUCAAUCGGAAUUAUCAAGCCUCUUGAUCAUAUCGGUCGUGAAAAAGCUGAGUGGUACAUUCUUCAAAAUUCUCCUGAAAUCCAAGCUUACUUAGAUGAACAUUUGGCCAAGAUCAGGCAUGAAUAUCCUAAUGGUAAUCACGAUGUCUUGCAUAGGCAAACUUUCCGUCCGUGGUUUCAUAAGAAGAUAUAUGAGUUGCAGAAGCUUGGAACUUUACAAAAUGGUGAUGAGUUACUCGCUCUAGCUUCUGGGUCCGAUUACUUAGCAACAUUUUACGAAGGGUUGAAUUACUACGGCACACUUGAAGAUGUAAUCACUAUAUCUUAUACUGGUGCAUAUACAGUGACAUUGUUUGAAUGUAAAUGGUAUAACACUAAUCCAUUAAGAAAGAAGACAAUCACUGAAAAUAAUAUAACCAGUAUAAAUACUCGUGGAUAUUGGUAUCAAGAUGAACCGUACAUCCUUGCUAACCAGGUGAAGCAAGUUUUCUAUCUUGAAGAUCCACUCAGAGGUCGCGAUUGGAAGGUUGUUGAAGAUAUUAGCCAUCGACAAAUUUGGGACAUUAAUGACAAUGAAGAUGAGACUGAUGUUGAUGUUGUUAGUGAUUCUAACUCUUCCAAUUUUUUGUUGACAGUUGAUCUUGGAGAGUUGAUUAUGCAAUCGAAUGAACCUCCAGUAAUUGUUGAAUCGUCCGAUCAGUUAGUGGAUUCUGAGAUAGAGAAUAAUGAAGUUGAUGAAAAUUAUGUGGCUGAAGAAGUAGAUGAUUUACUAGUUGAACAUGUGGAGGAUGAAAAUGUAAACUUGGUGAAUGAUGGAAAUGAUAGUGAUUCGUCAGUGUAA